AUGGCCAAGGUGCUUGGUGUGGAGGCUAUCGAUUUUUCUGAUGGGCAAAAACCGGGGAACAAGGAAACGGGGACUCCUUCUCCGUUGCUGAUGAUACAGGAAAAUGAAGAUCUGGUGCUUUCUCCGGAGGAGACGUUGGCGAUCUUGCAAAGGCAAGAUGAUAUCAAGCAGGACUUCUCGAAUUUCCUUUCAGCAUCGCACCGCUGUGCAAGGGAAAUUAGUAAAGGUAAGUGCCCAACUCCUCCUGUGCUUAGAUCUGGGUCUGUAGUCCAAAAUUUGAGUGCGAAAUUUGGUAAUUCUGAGAAGACUUCUGAGGGGAAACAGGGGAUUAAGAUAGAGCUAGAGGAUAUUGAAAAGGAGGUUCAUUUUUGGAAUUCCUCACUAGUUUGCUAUGUGUUGGGAGCGAAUCCCCCAUUGUCUGUUCUGGAGGGUUUUGCUAGAAGGGUGUGGCGCACUAGAGGAGUUGAUAAGAAGGAAAAUGUGUGCAAGGUUCCAACAUGGAUUCAACUAACCGAUUUAGAUCUGAAGUACUGGGGAGAACGUUCACUUUUCAAGAUUGUUAGUCAAUUGGGCAAGCCUCUGAUGGUGGAUCCAAUUACUAAAAAUCGGGAGAAGCUGAACUUUGCAAGACUUCUAAUUGAGGUUUCAAUCAAUCGGGAUUUUCCUAAGUUGAUUUUUCUUGAGAAUGAAUUGGCUUUUAAUGUCUCUAUUAGUGUGCAUUAUGAGUGGGUUCUUGCUUAUUGUAGUCAUUGUAAAGGUAUGGGACACAAAGCUAUUGAUUACCACAGGAAGGAGGGUAAAAAACAGGAAUGGGUAGUGAAAACAGGGGAGCCAAAAGCAGCUGGAAAAGAACAAAGAAAGCAGCUUGUGGUUGAUGAUGAAGGCUUCCAAGUUGUUUUAAAAGGAGGGAAACACAAAAAUAAAGGCUCAAACAUUGUGACUGUAACUAGCAAUAGCUUUCAAGCUUUAGAGAAAGAGAAAGGGGAAUGCUCAAAGGAUCAAAUGGAAGAGGCUAUUAGUGGAGGAGGGGGAGUUGGGUUGAUUGGACUCCUUGAAACAAGGGUCAAGGCUCAUGAAUUGGGAGCUUUGUACCUUCAUAUGUUUUUGGGUUGGUGUUUCACUUCGAACAAUGCUUGGAAUAAUGGAGGUCAUAUUGUGGUGGCCUGGAAUCCCACUAUGUUUUCAGUUUCUAUUAUUAAAUUCUCUAGCCAACUAAUUCACCUUUUGGUUAGACCAUUUGAUAAAGGAGAUGGUUUUUAUGUGUCGUUUGUGUAUGGCUUUAAUGAAGAGGAAGGGCGGGUUGAGUUGUGGAAGGAGCUGCCCGAGUGCGUCACUCAAGAUCCUUGGCUGGCGCUUGGGGACUUUAAUGAUAUUCUGAAUAAGGAAGAGAGGAUUGGGGUGAAAGUCAAGUACAACAAGUCGGUGGCUUUUCGGCAAUGUAUUGAACGGUGUAAUUUGGAGGAUGUUAAGUUCACUGGAAGUUUUUAUACUUGGAAUAACAAACAGCAAGGAAAUGAUAGAAUAUACUCUAAAGUAGAUAGAGUCAUGGAAAAUCAGAGGUGGCUUGAUUGGUAUACAGCAGCAGAAGUUACGUUCUCGAAUGAAGGCAUGUUUGAUCAUUGUCCAGCUAUGUUGACAGUUUAUUCUGAUGUGGGGAAGGGUAAGAAACCUUUUCGUUACUUUAAAAUGUGGAGUACUGCACCUGGUUUUUUCGAGCAAGUUAAGCAAAAUUGGAGUGAGCCGGUGUAUGGAACACCAAUGUUUCGAGUGGUUACGAAAUUGAAAAGAUUGAAAGCUUUACUUAACGAUCUGAAUAAGAAGGGCUUUAAUGAGCUUCAUUCAGCACACAUCAAAGCUUUACAGGAUCUAAAAGAGUGCUAG